AUGGCGCAGCCCGACGAGCCGCACCCCCCGGUCGUUCCCUCCGGCCCGCGGCCCAGCAAGACCUGCGAUGUGGUCCACACCGAGAGACCGCGCUCCUGCUGCGGCAUGGCCGUGACCGGCCUCCGCACCGCCAAAUACCAUCUGCCCGAGUGGCACCGCCGCAACGCGGGCGUCUGCUACGAGGCGUACACGGCGGGCGAGCAGGCGGAGCGCGGCCGCGCCGAGGCCAAGCACCUGGUCAAGCAUGCGGCCGCCAGCGCUCAGCGAGCCCAGGGCUACUCCAAGGCCACCCUGGGCCAGCGGCUGCAGGACGUCCACUUCUGGAGGGUGGAGCUGCAGAAGGAGAUCAUGGAGCUGGACGCCGAGACCAACCUGCUGGCGGCCCAGAAGCUGCGGCUGGAGCGGGCGCUCGAUGCCACCGAGGUGCCCUACUCGGUUGUCAUCGAUAACCUGGAGUGCCGGGAGCGGCGGCAGCCGCCGGACCUGGUGAUCGAUGAGGUGGAGAGGCAGCUGAUGAAGGAAGCGGAUCUGAUCCGGGAUAUCCGGGAUCUCCUGAAAAGAACCAUCAUCCAAGCUGCCACCCAGAUAAGAUCCAACCGGAUCCAGAAGGAGAACUGCGAGCUGGACUGGUCGGAUAAGGUGGAGACGUAUCACAUCGACGACAAAUGCGUCGGCUACUGCAGCGACAGCACCAACGUGCAGUCCCACCCCAGCUCCGUCAAGUUCGAGGAGAACGCCUCCACACCGAAGUCCUGGGCCCAGUUCAGCCACGACAACAUUUCCAGGGCAGAGCAGGAGAAGCUGGCCUCGGUGCAGCUGCGGUCCCUGAUCAACAACAUCAUCCACGACGCGUCCGAGGACCUGCGCAUGCAGCGGGCGGCCGUCAGCGAGGCCUUCGACUGCCACUGCAGGGAGCUGGACCAGGCCAAGCUGCGCCUGGAGAGCCACCUGCAGCAGAUCCUGAAGGAUAUUGGGGAUGAGGAAGCCAACAUUGUGAACCUGAAAAAAGCCAUCAGGGACAAGGAAGCUUCCUUGAAGGUGGCUCACACCCGGCUCUACGACCGAUCCGCCAGGCCCAACGUCGAGCUCUGCAGGGAUGAGCCCCAGUUCAGGUUGGUGAGCGAAGUGGAGGAGCUCACAGUAUUCCUGGAGGCCCAGAGAAAACUGAUGGAGUCAGAGCAGAACCUGAAGAACCUGGAGGAGACCAGGAUGAAGCUGGAGAAGGAGAUUGCUGUGAAGGCCAACAAUUUUAUUGACAGGCAGAAGUGCAUGGGCUACCGACCCCAGCACGGCGCUGUUGGCUCGAGUGGACGCACCCCGGGCUCGGCUGCCGCCUCUGGGGGUCGGGAGGGGCUCGCUCCCAGCCUGCGGGAGGCUUUGGAGGAUUUCUCGGGGCUGGACGGGAGAAGGAGCCCGGGGAAAUGCGGCUCUUCCCCCUCCGGCUCAACCCCGGGGCUGCGGGAGCGGCAGAGCCGGGUGGCACACACGCUGGCGGGGGCACCGGCGGGCAGAGCAUCCCUGCAGCGCUCCCGCUGCCAGCCCAAGUUGCCGAGCAGGGGGCGGCCCCAGGGCUGCGGCACCCCCGGCCCCGCCGAGCCCCGUGGCUCCUCCCGGGGGAGCGGCCAGCGCGGGGAGCGCUCCCGGCGCGGCUGCGGGAGCGGCGGGUCCUGCUCCGGCGGAGAGCAGCCCUGGAGCCGCAGGUAA